AUGGCGGAUGUUGGCGGUGGCUCCGCCGUUGGCCGGAGAAUAUGCCAUAUCCCGGAGAAAUUCCAGCUUCACUUGGCCAUGUUGGCCCUUCAAUUCGGCUAUGCCGGCUUUCACGUCGUGUCUAGGGCCGCCCUUAAUAUGGGCAUCAGCAAAAUCGUGUUCCCUGUUUAUAGGAACAUUUUAGCCUUCCUUUUGCUCUUGCCCUUUGCCUAUUUUCUUGAGAAGAAAGAGAGGCCGCCUAUAAGUUGGAGCCUUGCCAUCCAUUUUUUCCUCCUUGCCAUUGUGGGGAUCACUGCAAAUCAAGGAUUCUAUUUGUUGGGACUGGACAACACAUCCCCAACUUUUGCUUCGGCAAUUCAAAAUUCAGUGCCGGCCAUCACCUUCCUCAUGGCUGCCAUACUCAGGCAAGACGUUGCCCAAUCUUUUACUCUAACAUUAUUAUUGAUCGAGAAAGUGAGGCUUGACAGAAAGGACGGCAUCUCGAAAGUGGCCGGCACGCUCCUGUGCGUGGCUGGCGCGUCCGUCAUCACCCUCUACAAGGGCCCCACCAUCUACAGCCCUUCUCCCCACCUCCAGCUGGCCGCCGCCCUACAGCCGCCGCAACCAACCCUUCCGGCGGCCGCCGCCGGCAAGAGCUGGACCCUCGGCUGCAUAUUUCUCAUCGGCCACUGCCUGUCGUGGUCCGGCUGGCUCGUGCUCCAGGCACCCGUACUCAAGAAGUACCCGGCUCGACUCUCCUUCACCUCAUACCAGUGCUUCUUUGGGAUCGUGCAGUUUCUCGUCAUUGCCGCAUUUGUCGAGCGGGACCCACAGGCCUGGCUCGUCCACUCUGGAGCCGAGCUGUUUAGCGGAGUGGUGGCGUCAGGGAUAGCAUUUGCCGUACAAAUAUGGUGCAUAGACAGGGGCGGCCCCGUCUUUGUAGCCGUCUACCAACCCGUCCAGACCCUCGUCGUUGCCGUUAUGACGUCUGUCGUCCUCGGCGAAGAAUUCUAUUUGGGAGGGAUUAUCGGCGCGGUACUGAUCAUAACCGGGUUGUACUUUGUGCUGUGGGGGAAGAACGAAGAAAGGAAGUUUGCGCUCAAGGCAGCGAUCCAGUGCCCCGCGGACCAGGGCACCAGCAGGCCCACCCCCCACAUCAGGUCUUCCAUCACUCAGCCACUCCUUGGUCAGUCAACGGAGAAUGCUUGA